AUGACGAAGCCAAAGGUCCUCCAGCUCGGCAAAAUCGAGCACGCCCACGAAUCAUGGUCCUCGCUCGGCCAGGUCGCCGACAUCAUCAAGCCUAAGGCGACCAACCGCGACGAGUUCCUCAAGGAGUGCGCGUCCGGAGCCCUCGACGGCGUCGUCGCAAUCUACCGCACCUUCUCCAGCGUCAAGAUCACCGGCAAGAUCGACGCCGAGCUCGUCGCCGCACUCCCUUCGAGCGUGGGCUUCAUCUGCCACAACGGCGCCGGCUACGACCAGAUCGACGUCAAAGCCUGCACGGCCCGCCACCCGACCCCUCUCCUCGUCUCCAACACCCCGACCGCCGUCGACGACGCCACGGCCGACAUCAACAUCUGGCUCAUGCUCGGCGCCCUCCGCAACCUCAACGCCUCCGUGCUCUCCCUCCGCGCCGGCGCCUGGCGCGGCAACCCGCCCCCGCCCCUCGGCCGCGACCCCCAGGGGAAGGUCCUCGGCAUCCUCGGCAUGGGCGGCAUCGGGCGCAACAUGGCGCGCAAGGCCAGGGCCUUCGGCAUGGAGGUCCGCUACUUCAACCGUGCUCGGCUGAGCGCGGACCUCGAGAGGGAGGCCGGCGCCGAGUACGUCGAUUUCGAGAGGUUGCUGGCCGAGAGUGAUGUCAUUUCGCUGAAUCUUCCCCUGAACCCGCACACGCGCCACAUCAUCUCCCACGCCGAGUUCGCCAGGAUGAAAAAGGGCGUGGUGGUGGUCAACACGGCGCGCGGCGCCGUCAUCGACGAGGCCGCCCUGGUCGAGGCCCUCGACAGCGGGCACGUCGGCAGCGCGGGCCUCGACGUCUUCGAGAACGAGCCGCAGGUGCACCCGGGCCUCCUCGCGAACCCCAACGUGCUCAUCGUGCCGCACAUGGGCACGUACACGCUCGAGACGACGGUCAAGAUGGAGGAGUGGGCGAUCGGCAACGUGCGUCGCGCCGUCGACGAGGGGAGGCUGAACAGCGUCGUGCCGGAGCAGAAGGACGUCGCCGGUGCGUAG